AUGAUGUUGAUGAGCGCUCUGGAGCAGACCUCGUCUGUCGGAAACCCCUGGCCGGAUAUCGACGGCGAGUCGGUGUGGGCUGCUGCGAUUACUGCGCGAGGUGACGGGCCGUUGAGGACUGCAUGCGAGGUCUCAUAUGGCGAUCUAGCCUGCGACACCCUCGGAAGACGAGGUCCAUCAUCAGCAGGCAAGACUAGGACCGGCUCAUGGGUCAACGACCGCGAGACUGGUCUUUCUGCUGGUAUCUGUGCCGGUGUCUCAGUCUCGUUUGCCGGCUCGACGUCACUCUUAUCCGACAUUGAAGCGAGCCUCUUCCUACAAGGAUAUCAGAUCGGCUCACCUUCGCUUCGGACCCCUCGGCCUCGUGGGCACAAGGAAACUGCACGAGAUCCCGAGCCGGAUGCAAUCGCGGCACUGCGCCCCGGGACUCUGCGCACCCUCUUCAAAGCCCUGCUAGCCAAGCUCGCCCUGCUGCUCGGACCGACUACCGCUACCACGGCGGCGGCAGCCGGCGUCUCGGGCGUCUUGCUGCUGUCACUUCUCCUCCUCCUCCGCGCUGUAGAUGACACUGACGUUGAUCGACGCAUGCUGUAA